ACCCUAUCUUUUAUCCUCCUCUCCUUCACGUCCACACAAUCCGCCACACAAAAUCACAACAAUCCAACCUUAAAAUGACAGAGUAGUGGAAAGCAACUGAAAACAUGCAUAUCCUUUUAUGAACUAAAGUGCUCUUUGAUUCACAAUACUCUUAAUCAUGUCAUUUUUAUUUUUUUUCCUGGCAAUUAUAUUAGCAGUUCUAUUUUUUGUCGAUCGAGUGCGGCGGUAUAAGUCAAGCCGAUAUGGCCUGAACCUCCCGCCGGGCCCUCCGUCGCUGCCGGUGAUCGGCAACCUCCACCAGCUGGGCCGCCGGCCGCACCUCUCCCUCCGCCGCCUGGCGCUCGCCUACGGCCCCGUCCUCCGGCUCACCCUCGGCGCCGUCCCCACCGUCGUCGUCUCCUCGGCGCGCGCCGCCCGCGAGGUGCUCCGCACGCACGACCUCGCCCUCUGCAGCCGCCCGCAGACGUACGCGGCGCGGCACCUCUUCUACGGCUGCACCGACAUCGCCUUCGCGCCCUACGGCGCCUACUGGCGGCACGUCCGCAAGCUCUGCAUCCUCGAGCUCCUCAGCGCCCGGCGGGUCGAGGCCUUCGCUCCCGCGCGGGCGGCCGAGGCGGCGCGCAUGGUGUCACGCGUGGCCGCGGCUGACGGCGCCACCGUGAACCUGAGCAAGGUCCUGGCGCGGUACGCGAACGGGGUGGUGUGCCGGGCGACGUUUGGGCGGGACUUCCUGGAGGGCGGGGAGUACGAACGGCACGGGUUCGAGGGGAUGCUGGCGGACUACCAGGAGCUGCUGGGGGGGUUCAGCCUGGGGGACUUCUACCCGGGGUCGGCGAUGCUGGAGGAGUUGGCCGGGAGGGCAACGGGGGCGAAGGCGAGGCUGGAGACCACGUUCCGACGCUUCGACCGCCUCUUCGACGAGGUCAUUGAGGAGCACCUGCAGAGGAAGAGGAGAGGAGCAGAGGAAGAGGAGGAGGAGGAGGAGAAGGAUUUGGUGGAUGUGUUGCUGGAGCUGCAGGGGAGUGAGGGGCUUGAGAUGCCACUCACUAGAGACAACGUCAAAGCAGUUAUUCUGGAUAUGUUUGCUGCAGGAACAGAUACAACCUUCAUAGCAUUAGACUGGGGAAUGACGGAGCUGCUGCUGAACCCGAAAGCCAUGACGAAAGCCCGGCACGAAGUUCGCAGCAUCGUCGGCGAUCAAAGACUCGUAUCGGAGGCCCACAUCACGCGAAUGCACUACCUAAAAGCCGUGGUCAAGGAAACCUUGCGGUUGCACCCUCCAGCUCCGCUGCUGGUCCCCCGCGAAUCCAUGCAAAAGGUGAAAAUCGACAGCUACGACGUGCCCGCGAAGACGCGGGUGUUCGUCAACGCGUGGGCCAUCGGGAGGGACCCCGAGGCAUGGGGGGACCCAGAGAGAUUCGAUCCUGAGAGGUUCGUCGGGAGUUUGGUCGAUUACAAGGGGCAAGAUUUCGAGCUGAUACCGUUCGGGGCGGGGCGGAGGGGGUGCCCGGCGAUUGCGUUCGGCGCCGCAAGCACCGAGGUUGCGUUGGCUCAGCUGCUGCACAGCUUUGACUGGGAGCUUCCUCCCGGCGUUAGGCCGGAGGAUCUGGACUUGGAUGAAGUGUUUGGAAUCACAAUGCAUAGGAGAGAUGAUCUGGAAGUUGUGGCCAAACCGCACAUUGUGUGAAUAGUACUUUGUGUACAAUACUAAGAUGGACUGACAGUUCCUAGUGCAAGUAACAAAGAACUCGAUAGUUGAUAUCCGAGAUCUUAAGUUCGAAACUUAAUUACUAUACGUUUCGAGUUAAGCUUAUUUUUUAAAAAAAUAAACAAAAAAGGACAUGCAUUUUAGUGGAACAGAGUAAGAACUUAAUAAAUGUGCUGCUUUGGUCAA